AUGGCCUCCUUUCCGACCGCCGUGCGGUCAACCCAGAAGGUUGCGCGCAAUGUCCUGAGAAGGCAGCCCAUUUCUGAUGUUGCCAUCACCCGGACGGGCAAGCCCAUCCUACGAACACAGGGCGGAAGACACUCCCUCGGUGGACACACUGCGACGGUAUUUGGCGCAACGGGCCAGGUUGGACGGUACAUCGUGAACAGACUUGCCCGCCAGGGAUGUACGGUCGUCAUUCCCUUCCGUGAGGAGAUGGCCAAGCGGCAUCUCAAGGUCUCUGGUGAUCUGGGCAGAGUCGUCUUCAUUGAGUACGAUCUCCACAACACCCAGUCAAUCGAGGAGAGCGUCAGACAUUCCGAUGUAGUUUACAACCUGGUCGGCCGAAAUUAUCCCACCAAGAACUUCUCGCUGGAGGAUGUUCACGUUGAGGGAACCGAACGCAUAGCUGAGGCUGUUGCCAAGUACGAUGUGGAUCGCUAUAUUCACAUGUCGAGUCACAGCGCCAGCCUGGACUCUCCAUCCGAGUUCUACCGCACCAAGGCACGCGGAGAGCAGGUCGCCCGCAGCAUUUACCCCGAGACGACCAUCGUGAGACCGGCACCCAUCUUCGGCUUCGAAGACAACCUUCUCCUGAAGCUUGCCAGCGUUAUGAACCUUUUCACUGCCAACAACAUGCAGGAGAGAUUCUGGCCCGUUCACUCUAUCGAUGUAGGCCAGGCUCUUGAGCUGAUGCUCUACGAUGACAGCACCGCUGGCCAGACUUUCGAACUCUACGGCCCCAAGAACUACUCCAUGGCCGAAAUCGCUGAGUAUGUCGACCGUGAAAUCUUCAAGAAGCGCCGCCACAUCAACGUUCCGAAGAAGGUCCUUCAGCCUGUUGCCGGCCUGUUGAACAAGUUUCUUUGGUGGGACGUCAUGUCCGCCGACGAGAUCGAGCGUGAGUUUAUUGACCAGGAGAUCGACGAGACAGCAAAGACCUUCAAGGACCUCGGCAUUGAGCCCGGUGACAUCGCCAAGUUCACCUACCACUACCUGCAAGGAUUCCGCAGCGGCAACUUCUACGACCUUCCCCCAGCAACAGAGAAGGAGAAGAAGGAGGAGCGCAAGUACCUGCACGUUCUUGACGAUCAUGACGACGAGCCUCUCACCCUCUCUUCUCACGCUCUUGCGGCCCUGGCUGAGUUCAACGCCGAGAAAGAUGCCCAUCAGGAAAAGUUUGAGAAGCUCCAGGCGCAAGCCGAGGCCAAUGCUGCCGGCGGUGCUCCUCUGUCCAUGGAGGCUUUCACUGAAGACUGGAACGAGUCGCAGUUUUGGUAUUCCGACGAGACUGCAAACCUGAUCGCCGGACAGCUCCUAGAGGGUGCUGGCGAAGGCAUGACCAUUGGCGUUGUGUCUGCGCCCAGCGUGUUUGUUGCGUUGCGGAACUUGCUAAACGCGCGCGAUCGCACUCUGGGACGGCCUAAGGUUUUGCUCCUUGAGCACGACAUGCGAUUCAACGUUUUCCCCGAGUUUGUCUUUUACGAUUUCCAGCAGCCAUUCAAGCUUCCAGUUGAGCUGAAGGGCGCGAUUGAUCGCAUCGUUUGCGACCCCCCGUUUCUCAGCGAGGAUUGCCAAACGAAAGCCGCCAUGACGGUGCGGUGGAUGAUGAAGCCUAACACCGCUUCUAAGGGACGAGUAGUUGUCUGCACAGGCGAGAGAAUGGAGAGUCUCGUCAACAAGGUUUACAAAGCACUGGGCGUUAAAACCACGACUUUCGAGCCCAAGCAUAGCAGAGGUCUUAGCAACGAGUUUUACUGCUACGCCAACUUUGAGUGCAAAGACUGGGAGUGGAGGAAUGAGGCUAGUUGA